AUGUUCCGUUUUGUUCCGCUAACUAAUGCUGCUCUAUCAUUACAACACGUUCUAUAUAACUACAACACGUUUCACUCAAAAAACAUGGCAAAUAGUCGUUUUGAAUAUGUUAAGAGCUUUGAAACCUCAGACACAUUGUUGCAGGAUUGCUGGAUUGUGGUAAGAGUCGACGGAAAAGGUUUCCACAAAUUUUGUGACGUUCACAAUUUCACUAAACCGAAUGAUGAACGAGCAUUGAAUUUAAUGAAUUUAGCUGCAGUAACAGUGAUGCAACAAUUCAACGAAAUCGUGUUUUCCUACGGACAAAGUGAUGAGUACUCGUUUAUAUUCCGGAGAAGUACUUCUAUUUACGGAAGAAGAAGAGAUAAAUUGAUUAGCUAUGUGGGAAGUUUGUUUACAUCGGCAUAUUUAUUCAAUUGGCACUUUAUAUUCAAGGAUACAAAUAUAUUGAAAUACCCUCCUGUGUUUGAUUCACGUGCUGUGCUAUAUCCAACUGAUAAAAACCUUCGUGAUUAUGUCAGUUGGCGACAGGCUGAUGUUCACAUUAAUAAUCUUUAUAAUACCACAUUUUGGAAUUUAGUCGCCUCGGGUCUUAGCAAUGCAGAGGCAGAAAAACAACUACGUGGAACACUAUCUGAGGAUAAGAAUGAAAUAUUAUUUCAAAAGUUCCAAAUCAACUACAAUAAUGAACCAAUAAUGUUUCGAAAAGGUACUAUUCUUUUAAGGAAAAGAAUAAAUCUCAUUGACAGUCAUAAACAUACUCUUAUUGUGCCUUGUUUUGAGGACAUGAUAAAAGAAGAUUUUUGGAAUCGACAUCCAGAAUUAUUAGAUGAAAAAUUGCAAAAUGUCAACGCCUACGAUAUUGGAGAUCGAAUAAAUCAUGUCCUCGUAUUAUAUCAAAUGGAAAAAUAUAAACAAAGAAAAUCUAAACAAUAAAGCAAUCUGAAAAUUUGCAUCACA